UACCCCUCCAAUUUGCCGCCCACCCUUUCAUCUAAAGUUAGGAUAUCUUGGAUAUAUUACGGGACUCAUGGAAGGCUACGAAGAGAACUAGAUUCUACCACCAGGCGCCACAAUUGCACUUCCGAGACUCGAAGCUCUCCAUCGCCGCCGCCGCCGCCAUGCCGUCACAAUUGACCCGCGUCGUCUUUCGACGCAUGCUUGCCGACAAACCAGUUUUCUACCGUGGAUGUGUCUUGAGGGCAGUCAGACCGAGAGUCCCUAUACAACCCUCUAUCGUCACGGCACAAUGUUCGCAACAACGUACAUUUCUCGACAUGUUCAAGCCGCAGCGCAAGGUGCGCUCCGCAGAAUUGCCACCAGGAAUAGACAAGAUGGGGGAGUUGGCAGAGCUGCAGCGUGUCUCAGCGCGAUUACCCCCUCCGGAUGAGGUCUCGCGGGCCCUGAAUAAUUUCUUUGCGCGAAAAGAUUUCACCGCCGAAGAUCAUCACAUACGCCUAGCGCACAAUGCUGUCAGAUAUUUGCAGACGCACCUGCAGGAGGAUCAACAGCCAUGGCUUUCGGACUCCACGAUUCGGACAAUAAUGACCAGAUUGGAACGUCGACCGCAAACGGGUGGUAGCGAACAUUUGGCAUUUGCGAGGUACUUGCACAAUGACGUUGUGGUACAGCCCGAGCUUGGGGUGACGGACGAUAUGAAGAAGUCCACGUCACAGGAAGUUCAGAAGCAAUAUUCCAUAUAUCUGUCUCAGUAUUUGCGGGUGUUGACAUUAUAUGGGGCAUCUGUCGAGGCAAGAGAGAUCGCUGUUGCGAACUUUUCUGGCCCUGCGGCAUCGAUCGAGACACUGAAGGCGAUCACGUCGGCCUGGACCCAAGUACUUCGAGGAUUCACACGAGAGGACAACGAAGAGGAGCUUACUCUGACGGCUGCAAUGAUGGAGGAAUUGUCAAUACCAUUUGUUCACCGUAUGCAGAACGUUUUAGUCGCCUACUUUGCCAGCAAGAACAAUCUGAACCAAGCCAAGUAUUGGUAUGAGAAGCCGGUAAGCGGUGUCAGAGAUCCCAACGACACAGAGCCUCAUGGCAAUGCCUAUGCUGCAAUCUUGAAGGCUUGUGCCGUUACCGGCGACUUGGAGUUUGGCCAUCAGGUCGUUGCUUCACUGCUAAAGAGCACGCCCAAUAAAGCUGCAUGGGACGCCAUUUUUGUAUGGUCUGCAGCGCUAGGAAAAGGCGUGGAUGAAGCAGAUCGUAUGAUGAACGUUAUGGUCCGCAAGGAUGAAGAGGCUCGCCAGCAGGAUCCGUCGCACCCAGUCGUUCGGCCAGAUAUCGAAACGAUAAACGCACUCGUUGAGUUUGCUAUAUCCAAGCAGGACUCUUACUCUGCCGAGCGGUACAUUUCCCUCGGCGAGAAACGAGGCAUACUGCCAAACCAGAAGACGUACAUGAUGCAAGUGCAAUACCGACUAUCUGUCAAGGAUAUUGAUGGGGCAAGGACUGCCUACUUUGGACUACAGGGCGCCAAAGAUGAGAAAAGCGUCGAGGUUAUCAAUGCACUCAUCCGAGCCAUGUGCCACGCCAAGCAGCACCACUUCGACGACAUAAUGGCUAUUGUGGAUGACAUCCACGAAAGCAGAGCCCGUCUAGAUCCCGAAACUAUCACUGCUGUCGCCAUCCUCCAUCUGCGGAGGGGCGAAAUGCGCGACGCUAUCGACCUACUUCAGGUCCACGCCCAUCAGUACUCCCCUAGCCAGCGAGCCGUCAUUCGCCAGCAGCUUCUCGCCUUUCUCCUAGAUCGCACGAACAGUACCGCAGACGCAUGGGACACGUAUCAAAUCUUGCGGCAAAUGUUUCCUGAGACGACUCGAGAAGAUCGCAUGCAGGCGAUGAAUGAGUUCUUCGCACGCCAGCGACCAGACAUGGCCUGUCACGUCUUCUUUCACAUGCGGAACAGUACACACGAGACGAUAUGUGCUGAUCGUGAGGUGUACAUAGCAGCUUUCACUGGAUUCGCCCGUAACGCAGACGCCGAGAGUCUGGAGCUAGCGCAUAACCAGCUCAAGCUAGACCUGAAUGUGGACCUAGACACCCAGUUGAGGAACUCAUUGAUGUUGGCCUACGCGGGGACGGGAAACAACCGACGUGCACUCGAAUACUGGUCAGACAUAGUGGCGUCCAAGGAGGGACCGACCUACAACAGCAUUGCCAUUGCAUUUAGGUCCUGCGAAGGGAUGCCUUGGGGCGACCAGCAUGCGAAGCCGAUCUGGCAGAGGCUGAAGCAGAUGGACAUUGACAUUGACAAACAAAUUUUCACCGCAUACUUGGGUGCGAUUGCUCGCAAUCAGUUGCACGACGAGGCUGUAUCCAUGCUCGAGACGGUAGAGGAGGAGUACGGAUUUAGGCCUGAUUUCUAUGUACUGAGUAAUUGGUUCAAUGCGACUACGAACAUCGAGAGGCAGGGCAAAGUGGAGGCAUGGAUCAAGGAAUAUUACCCUGAAGUCUGGACGGAACUCGAGAAAGUGGGUUACACGGUUACGAUGGAUGGGUUCGGAUACCGGCAAUACAACAUCAACCGCGAUUUAGAUCCUUAGGGUGUGUGACAGUGGCGGAUCUUUCCGAAGGACGUGUUGUACGAUAGCCGUAAGUUGGUGAGACAGGUAACGACGCUGUUCAUUUGGAGGGGCAUUAAUCUACUGCACCCGCAUUGUACAAAGUCUGUAAUCUAAAUGGUUAGGGAAUCAAAGUCCUAUAUCGACCGAUCAAAGCCCGGAGUUUGGAGGCGUUCCGCUAAUUGGUGAUGUCCAGACGAUCGAUGGACGGCGACUCCACCUUGUGCGUUGUCUUCUAUGGUGCCUCCAAAUGCCCUAGCCUGGUAUCUGGGAGGGCCGUCGCCGAUGUCAUAGAUGCUGCCAGCCGCUGGAUGGUUAUAAAGGCAUGCCUCGAACAUAGGACUCGACCGGUCGACUU